AUGUCGUCGUCGUCCAAUUCGUCAUCGCCACACCAUCACACCGUCAUCGUCCAACUCGUCGCUGCCACACCAUUACGCCUCUGUCAUCGAAGUCGUCAUCCCUACACCACCGAUAAUGUGGUAUAUUUGAUCCACAUCGGCAUCACUUUCUCAAUAGGUUCAUUUACAGAAGAUGCUAUUGGAAGGGAGGGUGUGACUAUGCAAUUUGUUCCAGUGAAUGCAACUGCUAGUAGAGGACUGGAGGUUGUUGUUGGCAACCUUCAAGAAUACUAUAAUGGUAUCUACAUUACAAUUCACUUUUUCACUUAUGAUAGGUUUAUCUUGCUUUUUGAUCAUGAUGAUGGUUUGUAA